UCGUUUGAAAAUUGUACAUUUUAUUUAUUUUAGUAAAUAGGUUUUAUUGUUUCGAUUUUUGUUUUAUUUUUUUUAAUUCACCAUGGAGGUAAUUGAAGAUGGAAAUAUUAUGGACCGUAUUCCUAUUUUGUUGCAAAGAGAUUUGGAGUAUUAUCAGAAAAAUCAAACAGUCUUGUCUGAAACUGUAUGUAAAGGUGUGGUUGGUGGAAGACUAGACUUUCCAAGGAAUGCGUCCUUUGCUGCGGUCAAAAUUGUACUGUGGCUUGAAGAGGAGUUCUCUAUCGCUUUCAAGCAAGGAUCUGGCAUGUUCGUCAUGACUAAAGAGGAUGAGAAGGCUGAUGGUGGAGUUGCUAAGACAUCAGACCCUGAUAAGUUUGUGCAGUUAGCUAUUAAGUCUAGUGACUCAUUAUUAGAGCAUCUACACAUGUUAGUACAAGAAGCUCUAGAUCAUGCUGACUUGCCUGUACUAACAGCUGCGUUGGGCGCCGCGGCUCUACUGAAGAACAGUCUUUACUGCUAUGUCCAACAUGUUGAGGAUAGUGGCAAUGCUGAACUGUACUCGCAGCUUCAGGCCUGUUACAAACGCUACACGACCAUGUCAGAGGCUGUUGGGGAGAGAGUCCUUGAUCUCCACAACCGAGUGUUGUCGUUAUACAUCUUACAAGACUCCGGCGGGCGCCCGAUAGAUGGCAACACUAAGACUGUGCACGAGAGUGGCACGCCAUCUGUGCAAGGGUGGUGGCUUUAUAUGAACGGCAGUAGAAGAGACUUGUGGGAUACAGUACCACCGCGAAUGGCACAAAGAAUUUUCGCUGGAAUGUUGAAUGAAACUCUUACGAUACUUACCGUAAGAUAUUGUCAAACAAAUACAACAGAAACAACAACCAAACUUCUUCUUAACGAUAUCCUCAACAUUUUGCUCUGCGUCGCUCAGCUGCUGCCAUCUAUAUGCGCGACGGGAUCCGACCUGGCGGGCUUGGAUGUCAAGCAUCAAACUAGGGAUGUGAGAGAUGUCCAUGCUAAGUGCAAUGAGCUGUUUAAAUGUUUUGUGUAUAGAGGCGCUGAUUUACAUUUUCUGCAUCAGGAAUUCAAAGAGAAAGACACACCUGUGGUACCCCGAGAAUGUCCUUACCCCUGGUUUACUUUCGUCAGUCCGAAACUAUUUGACAAGCUGGAUGACCCCUCAGUGAGGAGUACCCAUGAUCUGUGCAACAAGACCGCUUUGGGAGUUGAUUUGAUUGUGUUAUUGGCACAACCGCAGCCUAACUGGGCGCUGAUUGUUAAGGUUUUAAUGAUGCGUGACUGUCACCUGUCCCGCCUGCUCCUCAUCCGAGCGAUCCGCUGCAUGAGCACAGACAACUCGCGAUGGCCGGCGGACGGGCUCUGGUACAGCGUACACGAUAGGCAUAAGAAGUGCAGCGGGUUUCUAUGCACUGCUGAUGGAUUCUGCCGGUUUAAAGGGGAUGUUAAUCCGGGUGAAGAAUUAGCUCGAGCCGCCGGUGCCUUAACCUUCAUUCUGGCCACGAUUGGCAGUAAGGCUGAGCUGAAGUCAACUUUGUGUUACGCGCUGGAAAUAUCAGGCCGCGACUGGGCGGCUUGCCUAGAUAAACGACAGGUGUGGUGUGAUAGAAGACCUCCAUGGUUGGCUGGUAUACUGGCUAUCGUCGGUUCUAUUCUCCAGUUUAUACCUCCAAUACUUGUGAAUGCAGUGCAGAGCGGGGCCUCUAUGUAUCAGACCAUGUCUCUUUGCCUAUCCUGUAUAUCAAGAUCUUUGGACUGCGUUCCACGUAAUUUCGUGAACGCUUGUACGAUAAUAGAGGGUACUUUGCCAGCACACAUUAACCCUGUUGGCGGUUCAGUACUUCUUCAAAUGCUUGUAACUGUAACCUAUGAAGAGAUACAAAAAUGGGCAAAAGCUGAGGCAGAAAAGGAAAACGCUGAAGCAUCGGUUGCCAACGGGGAGGCUCACACUGUCCACAAUAGAUCCCAUAAGCCGAGACCGAAGCAAGUGAGAAUCGUAGCUAUGGGUCAGACGACAACAUCAACAUCACUAAGUUUCGACGGCAGCCACAGCAGCGCGUCGUCCAUCGCUCUCGCUGUCGCCGAAGCUCUCUGCUCUAUAGACGAGGACGACAAGCACACGAGAGAGAUACAACUACUGAUAGAGCGAGCCAAGAAGAGGGUGGUGCUUACUGAACAGUUCGGGUUGGAAGAUUUUCCUGAAUUCGCUGAGUUAUUUGAGGAGGGUGAUGUACCAGGCUCAAACGCAGAGCGCGCCGGCGAUGCUGCGGCCUUGACGAGUCAGAUACUGAUGAUGUCACCGGGACGGGAUAGCCUCCGAGUGGUCUACGAACAUCUUCAGUUACAUUCAGAAUGGAUUUACAAAGAGCUCGGUAUUCAGGAUACGUGUGACGAUAAGAUAUCUAUGAACAAGACCCCACUGCUGUACACGAUGUUCCACAUCGGAAAACAUCCAUUUGACCAGUUUCUCCGCAACGAAUGGCCGAUACCUUGGAGCAAGUUGGUUUCCGUGGCGAAGGCGUGGUCCGGGCUCGAAGGCGUCCGCGUGCACAUCAACAGACGUACAGACGUGAGAAACAUGAAGACCACAGGGAAGUGUAAUAAACAGCUGAUGAAUUUGUGUUCAAUGUUUAAAUCUACUAGUGAAGGAAUACUAUAAGUUAAAACGAUUUAUUCAUUUGAUGAAAGGAUUUAUACGUAUUAAUAAUACCCGUCUGAAUACGUCCUAUAGGUACAGGCCUCUUCAGAGAAUGGCUCUCUAUAGGGAAGGUUUUCAGUAUUUAUCACAAUGCUAGCUCACUUAUUGGUGAUUUCAGAUUGCAGUAUUUGCAAUCCAGGGCCCCAAUUCUGCUAUUCAUAUUAUCAUAUUUUUACAAUGGCCGAUGAAUGAAUGGAAACAGCAGGUUUUCUCACGAUGUUUUCCUUCACUGUUUGUCAGUGCAUCUACUUAGAAAAAGCUAUAUUGGUGGAAUCGAACCUGCACCUCCUGCGUACAAAUCCAUGCAUAGAACCACGAGGUCACCACGGCACCAAUAAGUAAAUGAGUAUUUAAGGUUCGAAUAAUUGUUAGUAGUAGCCUUAUUAAGUACUUAAGUAUAAGUAUUAUUUGUGGUGAAAAAAGAAUUAUGGUAACCAAUUUAAAUAAUAGUAUUGUAUCAUGAAACAUUUGAACUUAUCUUAUUCUAUAGUUUCAGUCAUUGUCCUCAGACAUUGUUAUUUAAUGCUUUAUUUAGACUUUGUGGGUUUGCUGUUUAAGUAUAUCAAGUUAUUGUUGACAGUGAAAUAAAUAUCGAUUACAUUAU